AUGGAGGAUUCCCUCUCAUCCUUGGUCCAGACAUGGCUUGACUGGGACCAGGAUCCCACCACUCGCGUGGAGAUAGAAACCCUCCGGGCUUCCGACGAUACCGACGAGCUGGAGAAGCGCCUGCGCCAUCGCAUCGACUUCGGUACCGCCGGUCUGCGUGGCCGCAUGGCCGCCGGCUUCUCGUGUAUGAACUGCCUGACCGUCAUCCAGGCGUCACAGGGGCUAGCCAAGUACAUUCGAACCAAACAUCCAGAGAUCGCUGCUGCCGGGGUCGUCAUUGGCCACGAUGCUCGCCAUAACUCGGCCAAGUUCGCCUCGCUUGCCGCAAAUGCGUUCCUCAAUGAACGCAUUCCCGUGUGGUACUUUCAGGAAGCGUCGCCGACUCCCAUGGUUCCCUUUGGAAUCGGCCAUUUCAAAGCUGCUGCGGGGAUCAUGGUCACGGCGAGUCAUAACCCAGCUGAAGAUAAUGGAUACAAAGUCUACUUCAACAAAGGCGCCCAGAUCAAUACUCCCAUGGAUAUGGAAAUCGCACAAUCGAUUCGGGAAAAUCUGAAACCACAGGAAACUGCUUGGGUCAUCAAUAGCAUUGUUCCAACUGGUCUAUACCAGAAAGUCUUGUCGGAUUAUACCAGCCAAGUCAGCAAAUAUGCGAAAUCGACCGUGUCAGACUGGAAACCUCCCAGGCCAUUCGUGUACACCCCUUUGCAUGGUGUGGGAAGCUCGGUCUUCCAAGAAACUUGCCACUUAGUUGGGAUCACUGAUUAUGUGACUGUUGCUUCUCAGGAGAAACCAGAUCCUGAUUUUCCCACGGUGAAAUUCCCAAAUCCUGAAGAGGCCGGUGCUCUGGAUCUUGCUAUGCAAACAGCCGAUCAAGGGGAGAUGACUUUGAUCAUCGCGAAUGAUCCUGAUGCGGAUCGGUUUGCGGUAGCGGAGAAAGUCGACGGAAAGUGGUUCACACUCACUGGAAACCACGUUGGGGUUCUCCUUGCCUCGCACAUUUUCGAUUCAAUUGAAGCCACUCAAGGCCCCUCUCGUACAGCAGUCCUAACGACAGCCGUGUCGAGCGGCAUGAUCCAGAAAAUGGCGGCGGCCAAAGGAGUUCACUUUGUCGAGACCUUGACCGGCUUCAAGUGGAUGGGAAAUGUUGCCCGAAAACUCGAAGACGAUGGAUACACCGUUCCAUUCGCAUACGAGGAGGCACUUGGUUACAUGUUUCCAUCGGUUUGCUAUGACAAGGACGGAAUCACGGCUGCAAUGGUAUUCCUAGCGGCGGAGGCAAAAUGGAGGGCACAGGGCUUGACUGCACAUGCCAAACUCCAACAGCUCUUCUCCGCGUUUGGUCACCAUGAGACAUUGAACAACUACUUCCGCUCCCCGAAUUCAGAGCUCACCAUGCAGCUGUUCCGAGGGAUCAGGGGUGGCCGGCAUCUUGCAGAACGCAAGUUCGGCUCGUUCCAGAUUCUUCGGUGGAGGGAUUUGACGGAGGGUUAUGACUCUGAAACACCAGAUAACAAACCGGAUUUACCAGUGGAUCCGAGCAGUCAGAUGCUCACAUUGUGGUUGAAUGGGGGAGUGCGCUUCACUAUUCGUGGUUCGGGGACUGAGCCGAAAGUCAAAGUGUACAUUGAGAGCUGCGGCUCCUCGCGUGAAGAAGCCGUCAAAGCCGUCUGUGACACCUGGCUGACCGUGAUGACCGAGUGGAUCCAGCCAUUUACGCCGUCGAUGACAUGCAGCAAAGAACUUCCAACGUCGUCAGGCCAUAUCCUCAACAUCAGCUAG